AUGGCGGAUCCAAAUAAUUUACCGCCUAGGCCACCCCAAAGUGUAACGCCUAGAACAGGUGUUCCACAAUGGUCAAUUACACGGAGAGAACGAACUGAAAUGACUCCUCCAGGUCGUAGCAGUAGUCGGAGUGGAACAGAGGGAGGAGAUUCCGACUCUGACAGUGGUGGAGGAAUUUACAGAGCUAGAACUGUUACAAGUACAGAAAGAGUUCAAAUAGUACAAAUGCCAAUGGAAUUGAGCCAAGUUAGCUCAGAGCAGCUGGAAAUGAUAUCCUUAUCGCCAGAAACUGAAGCGAGCAGAGAAGUUUGUACAACUACAACAACUAUCGAGGCUGGAGCUGUGCCUAUUGUUGGAGGUUUAACUAGUUCUGGGGUCCCUAUAGUCAGCGGCAUUUAUUUAAAUAGAGAAUCACGUCGAACUACAACAAUAAUCACAACAACCAAAACAACAUAUAAAAUAUUGGAAGAUACAAGUGAUGAUGAUUUGGAGUUUGUCCAAAUGCCAGAAUCUACAAUAUCAACAUCCACAGCCACUACAAUAAAAGAAAAAGACGAUUUUCUAAUAAUUAAUAAAACAGAUAGUUCAAUAACUUCAACAAGUGAAGAUGAUGAUAAUUAUGAUUUAAAAUCUUCAACAUCCUCACUUUUAUUAAAACAAAUUCCUUUAAAAACUAAAAAGGACGAAGAUGAUGAAGAAACUGUAAUAACUACAACUAAUACAACAAUUGAUAAGUUAAAUGAAAAUAAAAAGAAGGAAGAGGAAGAAAUUAUUGUUACUUCGUCUAAUAUUGUUGUAAUCCCCUCGGAAAUCCGCUCACCGCCAUAUUCUCCACAUUCUUUUGCAAAUACAUCUACAUUUUCCUCUCCAAAUAGUGAAGGUAUUAUGCACACAUUUGAUGAUGAAGAAUUUUGUGCUCAAUUGGCAAAAGCAGCUGAAGCUUCAAUAUCACCCUCUUUUAAGACGACAACAACAAAGCCCGUUAGGGAAAUUAGUGAAGAACCUUUAGAACAUUGGGUUAUGUUGCCGGACAGUCAGCAACAAUUAAAGGAAUGUAGUACACAAACAACAACAGAAGAAAUUGAAGAGAAUAAUCCUUCAACUAGUUGUUGGAAUGAGGCAAAAAGUGUUGAAAUUGAUAAUUAUGUUAAUGUUUAUUCUAAUGGAUACUAUUCAAAAUUAAUUGAAGAAGAUGAGGGAAUAUUAAAUGGGACUAAAAGAGAAUCACCUCUGGCUAAUUUGUUUGAAACUACUCAACAAUCACAAUUAGAAGAAUCUCAACUUGAUAGACACGUUAAUGUAUAUUCUUCAGGAUAUUCAGAUGAAAUUAAACCAAAAACUUCAAAAAUGAGAGAAUAUCCAAUUGAAGAACCAUUUAUUGGAAAUAUUUAUGUAUUGGAAAGGAAUGAGUUGAAAGAUUUACCUUUAGAAGUGGAAAAAAAACAUGCUGGAUUCUAUGAUGUUUUACCUUCAACUUCAAUGGGUGAAACAGAAAAGAAGAUUGGAACAUUUGAGAAGCUAACGAACAUGUUUAAAGGCAGCAAAGUUGUCGACGAUUUUCCAGUCGAUUUCGAGCCGUUCACUGGUCCAAUCUUUAACACUAACUUAAUUUCUGAAGCACCAAACGAGUAUAUCCUUUCAUCUGUUAAUGUUUAUUCAACAGGGCGUUCUGACGAGAAAACAACAGUGCUGACACCCUCAGAAUUUCCAAAAAAUGAAGUUCCAUUUAUUGGCACUUUUUCCGAAACAAAUAAAUCUGAGUUGGAAACCAUUCCAUUGGAAGUAGAAAGGAGGCAUAUUGGCUUUUACAAAAAUUUGGAAGAAGAAGAUAAGAAGCCUGGAGCAUUGGAAAAACUAACUCAAAUUUUCAAAGAAAGCAAGAAAAUCGAGGAAUAUCCAGUUAAAUCUGAUCCAUUUACUGGCCAAGUUGCCAGUACUAGUGUCAUGAUUGAAGCUAAAAACGAGCCAAUCCAUUCAAUGGUUAGUAUCUAUUCUUCUGGACGUUCGGAUGAAGCUCCGACAACGAAGACUACAGAAUUUCCUGUUAAUGAAUCUCCAUUCACUGGAAAUGUUUCUGAAUCAAAUCGACAGUUAGAACUUACUCCAAUACUUUUGGAGAUUGAACAACUACAUCUUGGGUAUUAUGAUCACUUGCCUUCAACAAUUAUAGAUGAAGAGAAGAAGCCUGGAGCGCUAGAAAAAUUAACCCAGAUUUUCAAAAGGCCCAAAACAGAGGGAGAUUAUCCUGUUGAUUCCGAACCUUAUACUGGACCUUUAUCGUCAUUAAAUAUAAAUUCUGAAGCUAGAGAAGAACCAAUCCAUUCACUGGUUAGUGUCUACUCUUCUGGGAGAUAUGACGAAAUUCCAACAACAACAAAAAUGAAUGAAUUUCCUAUAAAUGAAGCUCCGUAUAUUGGCAUUGUUCCGGAGCCUAGGAUAGUACCGGAAUUGGAAAGAAUACCAUUAAAGCUUGAAAAACAGUUUGACUUGCCUAGAGAGCUUCCAACAGAAUUAACAGAGUAUCCUAACUUUGAGGAAAUAUUUAUUGGCCAUAUUCAUGAAUUACAAAGAAAUGAAGUAGAAAAUGUGCCAUUGGAAGUUGAGAAGAAACACAUUGGAUUUUAUGAAGGGACCCCUUCAACAUCAAAUGAAGAGAAAAAGCAUGGAACUCUAGAAAAACUAACAAGAAUUUUUAAAGGAAGCAAGAAAAGCGAAGAAUUUCCUGUUGAUUCUGAGCCAUUUGCAGGCUUAAUUGCCACUACUAGUUCCAUGCCUGAAGCUCAAACAGAACCGAUUCGUUCCUUAGUAAGUGUCUACUCUUCUGGACAUUCUAAUGAACAACCAUUAACAAAACCAACAGAAUAUCCACAAAUUGAAGAACAAUUUACUGGACAUAUCACAGAGUCAAUAAAAGAGGCUGAAUUAGGUGUACAACCUUUGGAGCUCGAGAGGUUACAUACCGGCUUUGAUCAAAAUCUGCCUACAAUUCAUUCUGAAAUGGAACAUAUGCCUAUUGGAUUUGAAAAGAAGCACAUAGGGUAUUAUGAACAUCUGCCCUCAACAUCAACAAAAACAUCAGAAUAUCCCAGACAUGAAGAACCAUUUAUUGGCCACAUUCAUGAUUUACAUCAAAAUGAAAUUGAUAGUGUGCCAAUAGAGGUUGAAAAUAAACACGUUGGAUAUUACGAACAUCUUCCUUCAACAACUAGCAAAGAAGAAAAAAAGCCGGGAACUUUAGAAAAAUUAACUAGCCUCUUCAAAGGAAGUAAAACAGAAGGAGAAUUCCCGGUCAAUGCUGAACCUUAUUCUGGCCCUAUCACAUUGACUAACACCGAUACUGAUCUGACAACUGAACCAAUCCAUUCUAUGGUCAGUAUAUACUCUUCAGGACGUUCUGAUGAGAUUCACCAAUCAAAAUCAACAGAAUUUCCAAUUAAUGAAACUCCAUUUGUUGAUUAUGUCCCAGAGUCAAAACUUCAUUCUGGAAUGGAACAUAUACCUUUGGAUUUGGAAAAGAAGUAUAUAGGGUAUUAUGAGGAGUUGCCUUCAACAUCAACAAAAACCACAGAACAUCCAGAACCUGAACAACCAUUUAUUGGCCACAUUCAUUCUUUACAAUGGAAUGAGGUAGAAGUUAUGACAUUGGAAGUAGAGAACAACUAUAUUGGAUUCUAUGAUCAUUUACCUUCAACAACUCUCAAAGAAGAAAAGAAGCCUGGAACACUUGAAAAACUGACUAAAAUUUUUAAAGGAGGCAAACAUCUUGAAGAGUAUCCUGUCGAUUUGAAGCCAUAUUCUGGCUGGAUUGCCAGUACAAGUACAACGCCUGAAUCCAAAAUGGAACCACUCCAUUCUUUGGUUAGUGUUUAUUCUUCUGGACGUUCUGAUGAAGCUCCUUUAUCAACAAAAAUACCUGAAUAUUCAAAAGAACAACAAUACUUAGGGCAUGUCCCAGAUUCUUCUAGACAGAAUGAAUUACAUGAAAUCCCUCUCGAAGUUGAAAGGAGACAUGUUGGUUAUUAUGAACAUCUUCCUUCACAUCCCAAAGAAGACUCAAAGCAUCAUGGGGCACUCGAAAGUUUAACACAUUUUUUCAAAAGUGAACCAAAGCAUGAUACUUACCCCAAAGAUAUCGAUCCAUUUUCUGGACAUUUAUAUGAAACCUCACGACCUUUAGAAUUAACUGAAGCACCAAUAGAUAAUCAAGUUGCUGUUUACUCUUCUGGACGUUCUGAUGAAAUUCCAACAAAAAUAAUAAAAAUAUCAGAAUUUCCAAUUAAUGAAGAUCCGUUUAUUGGGAAUACUUUUGAAGCAAAUAAACUUGAAGAAAUUGAAGGAGUUCCUUUGGAAGUUGAAGGAAAACAUGUUGGUUAUUAUGAACAUCUGCCUCCUACAACAACAAAAACAUCAGAAUAUCCAAAAAUUCAACAACCAUUUAUUGGUCACAUUCAUUCUUUGCAACGAAGUGGGGUGGAAGAUAUGCCAAUGGAAGUUGAUAAUAAGCAUGCGGGAUAUUACGAGCAUCUUCCGUCUUUAACUGUCAAAGAAGAAAAGAAGCCUGGAGCACUGGAAAAACUUACUCAUAUAUUUAAAGGAAGUAAAACUACCGAAGAGUUCCCUGAGGCCACUGAACCGUAUAUGGGCUCCCUUACAAGCACCAAUGUAGCUCCCGAGGUAAAACAUCAACCAAUACUUUCAAUGGUCGGAGUUUAUUCUUCUGGAAUUUUUGAAGAAAAUGAAGCAAGAAAAGAAUCAGAAUAUCCAAUAAACGAAGAACCAUUUGCGGGGAAUAUUUAUACAUUACAAAAGGAAGAGCUUGAUGAGAAACUUCUAGAAGUCGAGAAAAAGCAUAUUGGGUUUUACGAGGGGACCCCUUCAACAUCAAGCGAAGAGAAAAAGCAUGGAACACUUGAAAAACUAACAAGAAUUUUUAAAGGAAGCAAAAAAAGCGAAGAAUAUCUUGUAGAUUCUGAGCCAUUUACCGGCAUAAUUGCCACUACUAGUUCCGUACCUGAAGCUCAGACAGAACCGAUUCAUUCUUUUGUUACUGUCUACUCUUCUGGCCGUUCUGAACAACCACCAGUAAAAACUACAGAAUUUCUUGAAGAAAUAGCUAGCAAUUUACCUGAAACGAAGGUGCAUUCUGAGAUGGAACAUAUGCCUAUUGAAGUUGAAAGGAGGCACAUAGGAUAUUAUGAGCAACUACCCUCAAUCCCAACAAAAACAUCAGAAUAUCCAGAAAUAGAGCAACCAUUUAUUGGCCAUAUUCAUUCCAUACGAAGAAAUGAAAGUGAAGAUUUUCCGAUGAAUAUUGAAAACAAGCAUAUUGGAUUCUACGAACAUCAUCUUUCUAAAAAUCAAGAAGAGAAGAAGACUGGGGCUCUGGAAAAAUUAACUAGCCUCUUCAUAGGAAGCAAAACAGAAGGAGACUUCCCUGUCGAUUCUGAACCUUAUUCUGGCCCUAUCACAUUAACUAACACCGAUACUGAUUUGACAACUGAACCAAUCCAUUCAAUGGUUAGUAUCUACUCUUCCGGACGAUAUGAUGAGGGACAAACAACAAAACAUUCAGAAUUCCCUAUUAAUGAAGCUCCAUUUGUUGAUUAUGUCCCAGAGUCAAAACUUCAUUCUGGAAUGGAACAUAUACCUCUGGAUUUGGAAAAGAAGUAUAUAGGGUAUUAUGAGCAGCUGCCUUCAACAUCAUCGAAAACCUCACAUCCAGAACCUGAACAACCAUUUAUUGGCCAUAUUCAUUAUUUACAACGAAAUGAGAUGGAAGAUAUGCCAAUGGACAUUGAAAACAAGCAUAUUGGGUUCUACGAGCAUCUUCCGUCUUUUGCUGUCAAGGAAGAAAAGAAGCCUGGAGCUCUAGAAAAACUAACAAAACUUUUCAAAGGGGGCAAAACAUUAGGAGAGUAUCCUGUCGAUUCAGAGCCAUUUUCUGGCCAAAUUGCUAGUACAAGUUUAAUGACUGAAUCAAGAAUGGAGCCAAUCAGUUCUCUUGUCAGUGUUUAUUCUUCUGGACGUUCUGAUGAAACUCCAACAACAAAAAUUACAGAAUUUCCCAAAAUAGAAGCUCCAUUUAUUGGAAAUAUCCCAGAGACUAAACUUGGAUUUGAAUUGAAUUCAUUGCCAAUUGAAAUUGACAAGAAGCAUAUCGGGUUCUAUGAAAAAUCGCCUCCACCAUUAAAAAAGGAAGAAACUAAAUAUCCCAAAAUGGAAGUCAUAGAGGAUUAUUCGGAACCAUUUACUGGAACAUUUUCUGAAAUUACCCGACACUUAGAAUUGACUGAAGCACCAAUAGAUAACCAAGUUGCCGUUUAUUCUUCUGGACGUUCUGAUGAAAUUCCAACAAAAAUAAUAAAAAUAUCAGAAUUUCCAAUUAAUGAAGAUCCAUUUAUUGGGAAUAUUUUUGAAGCAAAUAAACUUGAAGAAAUUGAAGGAGUUCCUUUGGAAGUUGAAGGAAAACAUGUUGGUUAUUAUGAAAGUUUGCCUUCUACAACAAGUGAAGAAGAGAAGAAGCCUGGUGCAUUAGAAAAGCUUUCUCAUCUUUUCAAGAGUGGAGAGUCAAAAGAUGCUUAUCCCAAAAUUACCGCUCCAUAUUCUGGACAUGUAUUUGAAUCUAUUCAUACUGAAUUUACUGAAUCGCCUUUAGAGCACCAUGUUAGUGUUUAUUCUUCUGGUGAAACUUUAGAACCACCAAAAAUAUUAAAAACAACAGAAUAUCCAAUAAACGAAGAGCCAUAUUUCAGUUACGUUCCGGAUUCAAGACGUAAAAAUGAAUUGAAUGAAGUCCCCUUGGAACUGGAGAACAGACAUGUUGGGUACUAUGAACAUCUACCUUCUACAACAACCGAUGGAGAAGAAAAGAAGCCUGGAGGAACAUUAGCAAAAUUGACUCAAUUAUUUAAAGGAAGCAGAAUUUCAGAAGAUUUCCCUAUUGAUAAAGAAGCUUAUACAGGGCAUGUUUCAGUGACUGGCACAACAAAUGAAGCAACAAACGUGCCAAUUCAUUCUUUGGUUAAUAUUUACUCUUCUGGAAUUUCUGACGAACAUUUAACAACAAAAAUGGCAGAAUUCCCUAAACUUGAGGAACCAUUUAUUGGCUAUAUUUCUGAAACUAAACGACUGUCUGAUCUAGAUCCAGCUAAUUUUGACGUGGAAAUGAAGAAUAUUGGCUACUAUGAACAUUUGCCUACUUCAUUAAUUGAAGAGAAACAUGGAAAAUUAGAUAAACUUACUCAAUUCUUCAAACGAACCAAAAACGUUGGGGACUUUCCUUUGGAUUCAGAGCCAUAUUCUGGCCAAAUUGCUAGUACAAGCACAAUGCCUGAAUCUAAAAUGGAGCCAAUCCAUUCUCUCGUCAAUGUUUGUUCUUCUGGGCGUUCUGAUGAAAUCUCUUCAGAAAUUCCACCAAAGAUUAUAAAGCAAACAGAAAUCGAAACUCAAUUCGCUACUAAAGUCCAAGCUGAAUUAGAAGGCAUACCUUUAGACAUUGAAAAAAAGCAUGUUGGCUAUUAUGAUCAACUUUCCCUAGCAUCGAGUAUGGAUGAGAAAAAAAAGCCUGGAAGAUUAGAAAAAUUGACAAAACUCUUUAAAAGAAGUAAAAACGAGGGAGAGUUUCCUUUCGAUUCCGAACCUUUUGUUGGAGAAAUUAAAGGCACACAAAAAAUGUCCGAAUUGGCAACAGAGCCAAUCCAUUCAAUGGUUAGUAUCUACUCUUCCGGAAGGUCUGAUGAAGUUCGAACAACAAAAAUAACUGAAUUUCCCAUUAAUGAAGCUCCAUUUGUUGGAAAUGUUCAUAAAGUAAUUCGACAUUCAGAGAUUGAAACUUCACCACUUGAAGUUGAAGCGCAGCAUGUAGGGUAUUAUGAACAGCUACCCUCAACAUCAACAAAAGCCUCAGAAUAUCCAAAACUUGAAGAAUCAUUUAUUGGUCAUGUUCAUGAGAAUAGACUCCAGUCUGAAUUGAACGAAUUACCUCUUGAUGUCGAGAAGAAGCAUUUAGGCUAUUAUGAAUCACUAACAGAAACAUCAAAAUAUCCCAAACUUGAACAACCAUUUAUUGGCCACAUUCAUGAUUUACAACAAAAUGAAAUUGAAAAUGUGCCAAUCGAGGUUGAAAAUAAGCACGUUGGGUAUUACGAACAUCAUCCCUCUUCAACGAUUAGCAAAGAAGAGAAAAAGCCUGGAGCAAUAGAAAAACUGACUAAACUCUUCAAAGGAAGUAAAACGGAAGAAUUCCCUGCUGAUUCAGAGCCAUUUGAUGGAUAUAUUGCAAAUACUAAUGUAGCAACUGAAGCUCAAUUCGAGCCAAUUCAUCCCUUUGUUAGCAUCUACUCUUCUGGACGGUCUGAUGAUGUUCCAACAAAAAUGCCAGAAUAUCCAAAAAUUGAAGUUCCGUUUAUUGGACAUGUUCACGAGUCGUUUAGACAGAGUGAUUUAAAUUCAACUCCUAUUGAAGUUGAAAAAAGACAUGUUGGUUAUUAUGAACAACUACCUUCAAAGGUAGUUGAAACUCCAUCAUCAAAAAUGACAGAUUUUCCCAAUAUUGAGGCACAAUUUAUUGGAAAUGUCCCGGAGACAUCGAAACGUUAUGACAUUCAUCCUGUGCCAUUUGAAGUUGAAAAUAAUUACAUAGGUUACUACGAACAUCUUCCUCUCAAAAUUCAAGAAGAGAAAAAGCCUGGAGCUUUAGAAAAACUUACUAACCUCUUCAAAGGAAGUAAAAAGGAAGGAGAAUUUCCUACCGAUUCCGAGCCUUAUUUUGGACCGCUUAAAGAGACUAAAGUCGUUUCAGAGGCAACAGGAGAACCGAUUCAUUCAUUAAUUAGUGUUUACUCUUCUGGAAGGUCUGAUAAAAUUCCAACAGCGAGAAUACCGACAGAAUCGGUAGAAGAGUCAUCUGCGCAAUAUUUAUUCGAGACUGAAAGAAAUUCUGAGUUGCCUGAACAGCAAUUAAAUAAUAUCGUUAAUGUUUAUUCUUCCGGACAAUCUGAUGAUGUUCCAACAACAAAAUUAACAGAAUUCCCUAUUAAUGAAGCUCCAUUUGUUGGAAAUGUUCAUGAAAUAAAACGACAAGAAUGUGAAACUUUACCUCUUGAAGUUGAAAUGAAGAAUGUUGGCUAUUACGAGCAUUUGCCAUCAGUAACCACUAGAGAGGAAGAGGUGAAGAAGCCUGGGUUGCUGGAUAAAAUAUCACACCUUUUCAAAGAGGAUGUGACGAGUAGUUAUUAUCCUCAAAUUACUGCUCCAUUCUCUGGACAUAUAUUCGAAACCAACCGUCCUACUGAACUGUAUGAAUCCGGAAUAGAUAAACAUGUUAAUGUUUACUCUUCCGGACGUUCUGACGAGAUUCCAAAAGCUGUAGAAUAUCCAACAGAAACCUCUUAUGUCGGACACGUUUCAGAGUCUAAACGUUUACCCGAAAUUGAUUCAGUUCCUUUGGAGGUUGAAAGAAGACACAUUGGUUACUAUGAAUGUUUGCCUACAACAGCUGAACAUUCAGAAAAGAAGCUUGGAACGCUAGAAAAACUGACUCAAUUCUUAAAAGGAAGUAAAACUACAGAAGAGUAUCUUGUCGAUUCGGAACCAUACACCGGGACGGUGCAAAGAAUUGAGGCAACUUCAGAAGUUCCAAACGAGCCUAUAAACGCCUUUGUUAGUAUCUACUCUUCUGGACGUUCUGAUGAGAUUCAUCAAUCAAAAUCAACAGAAUUUCCAAUUAAUGAAGCUCCGUUUGUUGAUUAUGUCCCAGAGUCAAAACUUCAGUCUGGAAUUGAACAUAUACCUCUGGAUUUGGAAAGGAAGUAUAUAGGGUAUUAUGAACAAUUACCUUCAACAUCAUCGAAAACAUUUGAACACCCAGAAAUUGAACAACCAUUUAUUGGCCACAUUCAUUCUUGCAAACUUAAUGAAGUUGAAACUGUGCCAAUGGAAGUAGAAAAUAAACAUAUUGGAUAUUAUGAACAUUUGAUUCCAACCAACGAUGAAGAGAAGAAGCCUGGAGCUCUUGUAAAACUUUCAAAACUUUUUAAAGGAAGUAAAACUGAUGGGGAUUAUCCAUCGGAUUCCGAGCCUUACAGUGGCCAAAUAUCGGAAACUGAUAUCCUUCCUGAAUUACCAGAACAAUCUUUGCAUUCAUUUGCCAACAUUUAUUCCUCUGGACGUUCUGAUGAAAUUCCAUCAAAACAAUUCCCAGAACAUCCCAAAUCUGGAGAGAUAUUCAUUGGAAAUAUUUUUGAGACAAAACAAAUUUCCGAACUUCAAACCGAGCCAUUGGAUAUACAAAAUAAACAUGUUGGUUACUAUGAAAAAUUGCCCAUUACCUCAAAAAAGGAUGAGGAGGAGGAAAAGAAACCUGGGGCAUUUGAGAAGCUAUCUCUUUUUUUUAAAGGUGAAGAGACUCGAGAUUUUUAUCCACAGAUUACUGGUUAA